UCUUCGUGGCGUGGGGACAGAUUUUCAAAUUCGAAUUACAUACUCUCCCUCCCGAACCACGGGACGCCGGGAUGGUCGCUUCUCCAGCGAGCGGGAGAGAGAGAGAGGGAGAGACAUAGGAGAGAGGGAUUUUCUGUGACGCCCUCGUCCUUUUUACCGCCUCUCUUCUUCCUCAUUCAGAGGAGUUAAGAGAGAACGAGGAAAACAGUGCGAGGGAGAGCACGAGAGACGAAGAGAGGGAGAUAGAGAAUGAAAAAGUGAGGAAGGGAGCACGAGAGAGCAGAAAGGAGGUCGGAAGAGAAGAGGAGAGAGAAGAACGUGAGGAAAAGAAGGACACAGCAGCAGUGGGUAAAAUCGUUUAAGAUUUUCAAUUUUCUCUUUUGAUCUUUAAUUUUUUUUUUUGAAUUAUUGGUUUGGACGAUUAGCUUGCCACUGGAAUUAUGGGAUUCGAGCUUUUAAUAAUUCAUAGCAUGAGUUUUAUGUUGUAGUGUCUUUUCUUGGUUUAGGGUUGCUUCAAGGGCACUUAUGUUGGGAAGAUUUUGGGGGUUUCCAUAAAUUUCGAUAUGAAUUUGAUUGGACAGGGAGAAAUUGAGUGAACUGAGUGUGGAGGAGUCAAUUUUCAGCAUGUUUUAGAAUGAUUUUAGAAGGGGCAUUUUCUUGGACUUACAAGAGAGCUGCGAUGCAUACGAUCCCCUCUUGCACCCUAGUUGAAGUUGAUAUUUGAACGCAAAUAGGAAACACUAUUUGAAUGUCACUUGCUUAGGCCUGGUUCUUGCAUUAUGUUGAUAUGAAAGAAGCUUUUAUGAUUAUGUAUGGGCUGAAUUUGGAGGGUUCAUAUGAUUGAGGAUUUGACUACAUUUCUAUAACUACAGGGAGAUGUUGACAUGUACGGGUGGAGUUUUUGGGUGCUUAUAACAAUUACAAUCUUAAUUGGUUAUCAAGGGAUGAAUUUAGGAAGUUAUGGCAGCAUAGUGGGUUUUGAAAAUGGUGGGAAUAUCGUGGGUGUUGUUGGUUUGGGUUAUGACCUAUUAUUAAUUUUUAUAAUUAAUCAUAUUACUGAACCAUAGCUAGGUGGGCUGGCAUGCGAAACUGCACCCGAGGACAUGCUGGAGAUCAUACUAAACAGAGCUUUCGAUUCUUGCUUUCUCCUCGCUUCCUAGGGUAGGUGGUGAGAUUUUCUCUCUUCACCCCACGGUUCGCCCUUUGCACUGUUUAUGAUUGUUCUGAGAGAAUCAUAAUCAUGGGAAGUCUGCUGAAUAUGCCUCCGAUUUCUCAACAAUGGCAUCCUGCCCUCCUUCAGAUUCUCCAGACGAAGCAGUCGCAGCUAGAAUUCCUAGCCAAAGAGAGGACACUCUUGGAGGAUCACAUCAAUCUGCAGCACCACCUUUGGUGCCAGGACCUCGCCUCCUUCCAGGAUGCGAUCGUGGAAAGUGAACGCACUCGUAAGAAAUUGAAUUUGAGUCUACUGCUCGAAGCCGCGAAGUCUGAUCUGAUCAUCGGGAUGAAGGAGAAAGAUGCUCUCCUAUACAAGCUGAAAUUAGAAUAUAUUGAAAGCGACUUGGAGGACAUGGAAAUGUUUAUACAACUACAGAGUAAAUACUCAAAUAAGAAGAAUAUACAGUCUGAAAACAAGCGCGUAGAAUGUGCAGUUAAAGAAGAUGGUCAACAUGAGUUAAGGAGGUUAAAGCAUGAAUAUGAAAAGCUUGCCUGUCAAAAGGAGACUGAAGUUUCUGCCUUGUUGUCUGAACGGGAUUUUGUGUGGAACCAGCUUAAAAGAAUGGAGGAUGAAUACAUCAUCCUGUUAAAGAGAAAAGGCGAACAGCUUGAAUCUGCACAUGUUAAUACAGGAAACCUUGAACAUGAGAAUAAGAAGCAGGACACAAUUAUUGCCAACUUAAAGAGUGAAAUCAUUGAGCGUAAUAAUGAGGUUGAAAGGUUGUCACUAAAACUGUCAGAGCUUUCUCGGAAUCUGGAGAUCCAGAGCAUUGAGAAGGAAAACUUGCAAUUGCUUUGUUUUGAAUUAGAACAUCAAGUAAAUAAACAAAAGAAUCAUUCACGGAAUGCUUGUGCUCCAAAUGAGGUGACUUCGCGCAACCUUAUUUACGAAUUAACAACGGCAAGCAAUAAUGCAGAGGAUGGUGAAGUGUCUACUAAGACUUGCUAUCAGCAAAAGGGGUUUCUUAAUAAGGUUAAGCCACUGAAUGAUCCUUCUUUGGGUGGUUCCAGAUCACCCUUAUUUGAGGGUGAAGAAAUUAAAGUUCCUAAGGGUAGCCGUAGUUUGAGCAAGAAGAGACGUAAAAGAGAGUCUACCAUGGGGAGACAAAGCUUGUUUUCUUCAGCUUUUAAGGUUCCAAGGUUGAGAGCUUCACAUUCGGUGGUGUAAAUAAGGAAAAUCUUUGUUUCCCUGAAUUGCCAAUGCAGCAAAGUUUGUACAAUUUGUCAAUGAAAUGUGACGUGUAAACGCCUUUUUUGGUCGUGUCAUACUGUUGAUAAAAAUUUUACAUUUUGAUCGUGUGUUUCGUUAACGGAGCGUGCUCGUACUGGCAUUCUGCAGAAUUGAUACUUGUACUUUUUGCCAUGUUUGGUUUGGACUACCAAACGAUUAGAAAAUGGGAAAAAUGAAAGCUGUUUUCUUA